GGGCAGAAGGGUCACUGGGUUUUGGGGUGGGGGUGGGGCGCAUGACCAGCGCGGUGCCGCGGCAGGGCCCAGGCGUGGGCGCCAUGGGCAAGAAGAGCGAGCGGGCGGCCAAGGAGCGGGCGGCCGCCAUCGCCCUCGAGGAGGAGGCCAAGAGCGCGGCGCGGCACAGCGACGAGGAGUACCAGUGCACGGGGCUGCUGGAGCAGGACUUCCCGGAGCUGUGCGCCCGCGCCGGGCUCACCUACAUCCCCCGCGUCACCGUGCGCCCGCGCGCCGUCUCGCUGCCGGAGGAGCCAGAGGCCACGGAGGGCCAGGCCAGCGCCACCCACAUCCAGAGCAAGUACGCUUACUUCCGGCCCCGCAUCCAGACCGAGCUGGAGCUGGACGACCCCAAGAGCGUCCGCGAGGUCUUCAUGCGAGGUUGGAAGAUUGAAGACAAGAUGCUGGGCAUCUUCAGCAAGUGCCUGCCUGCCCUGGGCAACCUGCAAGCUCUGCACCUCUGGAAAGUUGGCCUGACGGACCUCUUGCUGUCGUCUCUUGUUAGCAUCCUUCCCAGCUGCCCCAACCUCAAGACCCUGUCUCUGGAAGGGAACCCACUGCCUGAGGGCUCCUUCUACAAACUGAUCCCCGAGGACAGCACGCUUGCACACCUGUCGCUGCGCAACAACAGCAUUGACGACGCAGCCGCCUGGCAGCUGGGCCAGGCGCUGUCCACCCUGACGGCUGCCAACCGCAGCCUGGUCUCGCUCACCCUCAGCUUCAACCAUAUCGGGGACGUGGGGGCCGACCACAUCGCCCAGGGCUUGCGGCUCAAUCGCUCGCUGCUGUCCCUGUCACUGGCGCACAACCGGAUCGGGGACGAGGGCGCAGCCAGGCUCGCUGAAGUGCUGGGGCCAUUUGCCCUGACACACACUGAGGUGGUGGAGAGGAGACGGCUUCUGCUGGAGAAGGAGUCCCAGGAGCGCUCCCGGGUGGUGAGGAUGCUGCCAGGCCCCUGGUGCCAGCAGGUCGUUUGGGCCUGCCCCAUGGGUCGGCGUGUGGGGGGCAGUCCAGCGCUCCACCCUGAAACCUUCUCUUCCCUCCUUGAAGCGACACGAGGUCAAAGCCGACCGCCCCUCCAGCCUGGUCAGCAACACGACCAUCGACAAGCUGCAGCCCACCAAGCAGGGCAAGAACAUGGCCAAGAAGAAAGAGCCGCAGAAGAAGGAGGAGCGGGGGCAGCGCUCACCACCCCGGAGCAGAAGAUCAUGCGUGGGAAAGGUGCCAAAUCUGGCAACAAGGAGAAGCGCAACCAGCCGCUGGAGCCGGAGGUGCCAGAGCUCACCGAGAUCAUGAACCCACUGCUGGAGCAGGCUGAGCACCGCGAGGGGAAGGUUUUCCUGCCGGGCAACCACGUGCUCAUCAACCUCAACCUCACCCGCAACCAGAUCACGGAGCAGGGCCUGCGAGCCUUCCUGGCUGCCGUGGAAAGCCAGCAGCAGCAGUGGAGCAAGGCUGGCGCGGGAGCCAAGGGGCAGACAGGGCUGCUCCGCCUGUCUCUGGGGAAGAACCACUUCCCAGCCGAGAGUGAGACCUUUGCCCGCAUCCAGGAACUCAUGCUGCCGCGCGACCCCCUCGCCAAGCAAGGCCCCAAGGAUGAGGAGCAGUCUGUGCCCACAUAGGGGAGGCGCCGGCAGCCCCAGGACUGUCCCCAGGCUGCCCCGUGGGGGACCUGCAGGAGGAAGAACCACGCGCGAAAGAACAACUCGCUUUGCUCUUUUCUUUAAAAAAAAAAAUUCUUUACCAUCG